UACUAAAAUGAAUCCAAAUCAUAAUGAAGGCCUCCUCGAGCUGUACACACAAGCAAUCUCACUCGAAGCUCUCAAAGACGCUGAGCAAUUCCUCGAGAAUAGUUUGCUAGGAAAAGAUGCACAAGUCGAACGUCUACUCGCUCAAGUUCUCAUCGAAGAGCAGCAAAUCGAGACGAAUCGCAAAAAGAUAGCACAAUUGAGAAUCGAGAAAGAAGAACUGGAAUUCGAUUGUGCAAAUAGUGACCUGAAGUCGUUGGAGCAGAUGCAAGCCGAGCGAGAUGAGCUCCAGAGGAAGUGCCAACCGGGGCAGCACACUAAAUCGAAUCACAAAUCAUCUGAACAACUUUUGAGAAUGAAAAAAGAAACCGACGCUCUACGUGCCUACAUGAAGAAGAUAAGUCAAUUCGAAGACUGAAGCCAUCAAAUGAAUCUCUAUCAAUUAUCCCUCAAUUUAAAUUAAUUUCCAUUCAAAUCGAUCUGUUCUCAUAUUUCCUCAUGAUGUGAUUCUCUAAUCUUUUGUACAUCUACAAGUUAUUUUGUUUUAUAAAGCCAC